AUGUCAGAGUACCCAUCUUUGGAAGUGGAAUCACAAGUUACAAGGCAAAAUGAGACUACGUUUACAGUCAACCUCGCCGAGUCAUAUGCCAAUGGAACAGUCCCUCAUGGAGGAUACAUAACUGCCAUGUUUCUUCGCGCUGCGAGCAUCUAUCUUGCACCUGACAACCAACCAGACACAUUCGCGGCGCAUUGGCAUUUUCUGAGCGCGACGCACGUCGGACCAGCUGUUAUUGUGGUCGAAGAAGUUCGAAGAGGUCGCGCUCUAUCAAUCGUCCACAUCACGUUAUACCAAGAAGGACUCCUGGCACAGGAACCGUGGAUAACUGUAAAAUCCAAGAAGAAAAUCGCAGCGUAUGUCACUAACAAUCGAAUUGAGGCUGAGAGUGGCCUUACCUUGACUACAGGCUUUCAGCUUCGUCAGCCGCCACCUCCAGUGGACUUGACCAAGCUUGCUGACGAAAAGGACCCAAACUGGGAGAGGUUGCACAUGAUAGUCAUGGAUAUGGCACCCAUGAUGCAACAUGUCGAAUUUUACAGCCUCAAGAACAAGACAACAUCACCUGCAUCAUGGGAUCUCUGGCUACGCAUGUCCAACGGCGAGCGCUGGAAGACAUGGAUGCUAGGGUAUGUUGCCGACGUAGCCCCUGCACUUAUGAUUGAGGGAUUCCGACCGACGGACUUUGAAGCACCAACUCCAAAGGACCGUUUUGCAUUUGACAAGAUCUUUUGGAUGCCAACGGUGUCGUUGAGUCUGGAUGUUAAGAAGGCUUUGCCAGAGGAGGGAGAAGAAUGGUUGAGGAUCAGGAUUGAAGCAAAGGUUAUCAAGAAUGGGAGAUAUGAUGUUGAGGUGAUUGGUUAUGAUAGGGAAGGGGAUAUUGUUUCUUUGAGUAAUAUCGUCGCGCUGAUAUUGGAUGUUGAGAGGAAUACGGGACGGGAGAUGAAGCUUUGA